GACGACGCAGAGUAGGCUAUUUCAAAGACAUGACGGGCUUUUGCGACACAUCUACUCUAUCUCUCGGCUAGUGCGGUUGACUGGAUCCUAAGCGGAGCUUCUCAAAAGAAAACCGUGUUCAACCCAUACAAGCCACUUCAGACAAACAAGCGACAUCUGUCUACAGCUGAAGCUAUUGCUCAACCCCGUCACCAUGGAGUUCACAGUCUCACGACUUCACAAAUUCACGGCUUUAGCCAUCAUGCUAGCCCUUCACCUGCAACCCUCCUUCUCCUCCUCUAACGAGACCAACUCCUCUUUCCCGCCCUCCUCCUUCUCCUCCUCUAACAAGACCAACUCCUCUUUCCCGCCCUCAUCCUCCUCCUCCUCCUCCUCCUCCUCCUCCUCCUCUUCGGGCCUCCCCCUCUCCCACAAGGUGGGCAUCGGAAUCCUGAGCCUGGCGCUGAUCUUGGGUUUCCCCGGCAACCUGUUUGUGGUGUGGACAGUGCUGUGUCGCGUGCGCCGCCGCUCCGUCACCUGCAUCCUGGUGCUCAACCUGGCCUCGGCCGACGCCCUCGUCCUGCUGACCGCUCCGUUCUUCCUGCGCUACCUGACCUCAGGUAAAGGCUGGGAGUUUGGUGCUGCAGUAUGCAAGAGCGUCCACUACCUGUGUGCCGUCAACAUGUACGCGUCCAUCUACCUGAUCGCCCUCAUGAGCGCUGACCGCUGGCUGGCCACCAGCCGUCCGUUCGUGUCGCAGCGGCUGCGCACCAAGCGGGCGCUGAUGUCCAUCCUAAUGGCGCUGUGGGUGCUUGCCUUCCUGAUGGCGCUGCCCAUGCCUUUCUACCGCAGCAAAAGGCCAUAUUUCCCGAAUAGCACGGUAUUCCUCUGCAAGCCGUACCACUGGAACGAAGUGAAGCACGAGGUGUUCCAAUACGUGACCGAGACGGUGCUGGGCUUCCUGCUCCCGUUCGGCCUCAUCGCCGCCUGCUACGCCUCCGUCUUCCGGCGCCUGCGCUCCGCCAUGUUCCAGAGGCGCGGCCGCGGCAACUGCCUCAUCCUCCUCAUCCUCGCCGCCUUCGCCGUCUUCUGGCUGCCCUACCACAUCAUCAACAUCCUGCAGGUGAUUGGAAAGCUGGGUGAUUACAAGUGGGCAAAAGAUGCCGCAAGCGUGGCACGUCCCAACGUGACGGCGUUCGCCUUCUUCAGCAGCAGCGUGAACCCCGUGCUCUACGUGUUCGCCGGCAGCUCGCACAUCCGCAACGCGGGCCUGGGCUUCAUGGCGCGCCUCUUCGAGGGCACCAACUCCGACGCGGGCUCGCGCAGCAGUCGCACCAGCCGCAGCUCCGUGCCCGACGAGAGCUCGGCCUUCCGCAAGCUCUCGAGGAAGCUGACCGGUCGCGGAGGGAGCGGACCAGGAGGAAGCGAGAGUGUGAUAGCCAACGAGGAGGAGGCAGCGAAGAAGGUGGCGGAACUGAAAACUCUCAUGACCGUUGCGGAAUAGAAUGGGGAGGUAAUAUGUGUGUGUGUGAGUGUGUGCGUGUGUGCGUGUGUGUGUGUGUCUGUGUGUUUGUGAGAGAAUGGGGAAGUGGCAGAGAAGGAGAGAGAGCGCAGAGCAGGGAGUGUGUAGCUGUCUGCGUGUGAGAGCGAUGAAGAGAGUGUCUGUGUUGCACUGUGGUAAACUGAGUGACUUCCUGCGGCCUCCUGCAAGAGACUAUUUUAGAGACUAUUUUUAUAUUAUUAUAUUUUACUGUGAAUAUUUUUUCGUCUGGCUAGUUUUUGUGUAUAUUGUCUCAUGAGAUGUUUUAAUCUAAUAUAAUUUCUUUGUCAAGUAGCAUUGCAGAACACUUUAUCUGCUUCUUUAUAUACAGAAAAUAUUGACAUGCUCAGCCAUAGGCCAUAGGAUUUGGAUUGCAUACAUUAUCAUGUGUAAUCCUAAAAUGCCCUUAAUAGACUACAGUACAACCCAGUAGCCAUUUUCCCUUACGUAGAUUUCCCCAAGUUGUUGUUUGACUUUUCAUUCUUAAAUAAAAGUCCAAAUAAUCAUG